GGGAGGGAAGGGAAGGGGUGGGGGGGCGAGAAGCGAUCGCGAGAAAAAAAAUGCAACCUCCCAAAAUAAAGAGCAAAGAUUGCAUUAGGAGCGAACAGCGCUGCAGAUAUAGAUGGCAGCUUCGUGUCAUUGACUGAAACAAAACAAAACAAAAGGGCCACUGGAUGUCUGCCUUCUUGGGGGGUGAGCCAGACAGACUGACAAACAAACAGACCCAGCUGAGCUCGGGGGAGGGUUUCUCCUCCGGUUUUGCCCGGCAGCAGCAGCAUGGACGUGUUGGCUAGUUAUAGUAUAUUCCAGGAGCUACAACUUGUCCACGACACCGGCUACUUCUCAGCUUUGCCAUCCCUGGAGGAGACCUGGCAGCAGACAUGCCUUGAGUUGGAACGCUACCUCCAGACAGAACCCCGGCGGAUCUCGGAGACCUUUGGCGAGGACUUGGACUGCUUCCUCCACGCUUCUCCUCCCCCGUGCAUUGAAGAGAGCUUCCGGCGCCUAGACCCCUUGCUGCUCCCAGUGGAAGCCACCAUCUGCGAGAAGAGCUCUGCAGUGGACAUUUUGCUCUCUCGGGACAAGUUGCUAUCUGAGACUUGCCUCAGCCUCCAGCCAACCAGCUCUUCUCUAGACAGCUACACAGCCGUCAACCAGGCCCAGCUCAACGCAGUGACCUCAUUAACGCCCCCCUCAUCCCCUGAGCUCAGCCGCCAUCUGGUCAAAACCUCACAGACUCUCUCAGCCGUGGAUGGCACAGUGACGUUGAAACUGGUGGCCAAGAAGGCUUCCCUCAGCUCAGUGAAGGUGGGAGGGGUGGCGGCCGCAGCAGCCGUGACACCAGCUGGAGCAGUUAAGAGUGGACAGAGUGACAGUGAGCAAGGAGGGGGAGGGGCUGACACAUGCCCUGAAAACAAGAAGAGGGUCCAUCGCUGUCAGUUUAACGGGUGCCGGAAAGUUUAUACAAAAAGCUCCCACUUAAAGGCCCACCAGAGGACUCACACAGGUAGUGAGAAGCCUUACAAGUGCUCAUGGGAAGGAUGUGAGUGGCGUUUUGCACGGAGCGAUGAGCUCACAAGGCACUACCGGAAACACACAGGUGCAAAGCCCUUUAAGUGUAACCACUGCGACAGGUGUUUCUCCAGGUCUGAUCAUCUUGCUCUCCAUAUGAAGAGACAUAUCUAAACAAAACAGAACAAAAUUUAAAAAAAACAAACAAACAAAAGUAAACAACAACAAGAGCAAAACAACCGCAAAGGCCAGAGUUGCCAUGGCAGCAGCCAAUGUCCGAAGGAAAUGCCGUGACCAGAGGACUGGACUUCAGGCGGGAGCACUGCCUCGCAGAAGAAAGUUCUCACUUACAAACCUCUGUGUACAUACAUGUACACGCACACGUACACACACCCUCUCACACACAGACCCACACACAUACCCACUGUCAUGCACUCAACUAUAUUUAAAGUAUAUACAUCUAUUUCUUAUGCCUUGCCCUAGCCAGAUGAUAGAAGACAAGGAAGGAGGAAGCCAGGUGAACUGGGCGAGCACUGGCUGCUGACUCCAGCACUACUGGAUCUCUUCCUGCUGUUGCCAAGGGAAAACCAAGCAAACAGAUGUCUCCAUGGUGGCCGGCAGUCCGAGAGGCUUGCAUAACUUACUUCUCAGUGCAACGUGCUCAGAGAAUCCAACAUCUUACGGUUGCAUAUGUGUAGCACUAAUGUUUCUCUUUAAAUAGUUGGGGGAGAUUGACCUAGAAAACCAAAUUGCAGUUUGGUAGCCAAACUUAACUCCUGGUUUAUUUGUCCUUUGUGUGUGCAAAGUCCUGCUAUUCUGUACGUCAGACUUCCUCACAGAACUGUCGGUUGGUUUUGGUUCUUCUUAGGACCUCUGAGAUCUUUUGAAUCGCUACCAACGGCCUUAGCGGCGGCAGACUAUGGAUUUACACCUUACACAUUUCUGGCCUGCAUCUCUCUAGACUUUACUCUCGAGGGAGGAGUUUUCUUUUCUUACUUUUUCUGACUCUCGCACAUCAUAUGCACUAGGGAUUCUGGAAACUUCUAGCAUGACUGCAAAGUGGCCAAGAGAAUAAAGUCCUUGACGAUAAAUCACAGUAUACCCUUGAGCCUCACCUUCUUGCCAGUGCUAGAUUUUUUUCUUUUUAAAUCUCUCUGAUUUUUUGCUAAUGAAAACUUGAAAAAGGAAAAAAAAAGCUUAUUUGGAAGCUUAAAUGUUUUAUCUUGUCUCCAUGGACUAAACCUCUCCAGGACUCUCUCGGCACCUGGAUGUCUAGCUCUCGAAGCAGCCAAUCAGACGGGACAUCAGAGUUCUCUCAUCCCUCCUUAAGGCGUGAUGACCUCAGCUCGCAGUGAGCAGCUCCUGUGUUGUCAUUGCUACCCUAUAACCAGUUACAGCAUAGUCUCGCUAGUCUCAAAGGGCAGCUGCGUAUUUAAUCUAACUCUGGGUUAUGACCUGACAAAAAGCCAAAAAUAUCACUCUUUCCAGGAGCGGGGGAGCCUGCGGAUGCCUCCCACGUCUAGAGGCUUCCCAAAACAUCACCCCAUCCCUCCCUCACUCACCCACUGAGAUCAUGGUACCCACUUGUUAAAUACAUACUUCAAAAUGCCAUUGUGGGAAUGAAGGUUGUCCGUUAAGGAAAGGGCAGAGGUGUCUCUCUUACAAUGUCUCUAGGGGUAAAGGGGGGAUUUCUUUGGGGGGGGUUGUUCUUUUGUCUAGACCCACCAUGGCUUGUGACCUAGAGCACCCAGGAUCAACAGAGGCCUCAUAUUUACCCUGAAAGCUGACUCCAAGGGAUUUAUUUUGCUCAUUUGCAUAUCACACACACACACACACCCGAUGUUGGUUUCUCUCCUCCCGCAUUCUUAGCUAGCUGGCAGUGGCCUAAACUCCAAAGACUGCCUUUAGGACCACUAACUGGCCUAUGCAAGCGAGCGGGGUGGGUAUUAAGGCAGAUUGUAUAUUUUGUAUAUUCUGGGACCAUCCCUUCAAGACACGUCUAACAAACAAAAAUGGCAUUCGGUCCGUCCGCGGUUGCUGCUCCUCAUACCAGCUGGCUCCCUCCUGCCCUCCUCUGACUGUUUCACCCACUACCCACUGACUGUUAAAAUGCCGCCCAUACAUAUUUGGGAUGCAAAACUGAAGUCUCUUAAAGGAAAUAAUAAUAAUAAUACUAUAAGCAUCACAAACACAUAUGACAGCAGCCUUCAAGAUCCUUGGCACUUGGGUUCUCUCUCAGCUUUCUACAACUUUGGUUUUACUGAAAUGUUGAAUCUACUUGUCUGAGGGUAAAGGGACCGCUUUGUCACAAAUGCUGUAUAGCUUCCCGUUGGACAGUUGGGGCAUUUCAAGGUCUAGCCUUUAGAAAUUUCUUUUUUAUUAUACUUUUUCAAUUUAGACCAAAAAAAGAGAAAAAAAAGAAACCAUUGUAAACACACACACACACACACACAUACACACACACACACACGCACACACACACACACACACACACACCCCAUUUGCCAGAAGCAAUUAUGUAUAUGUUAGUUGGAGGGAAUUAAAGAAAAAAGAAAUCUGACUUAUUCCAAAGAUUUGAAAGUGGACAUGACUUAGGACUGCUCUGGAGCACUGCUUGCUGACAAUCUCGUUACUGCAAUGGAGUGCACUAUACAGGUGCCAGUCCACCAGGGCACACCACGGGAUUAUAUUUGAAUGUGUGCUGCAUCCUGUUUGGAUGAAGGAUGUGUGAGGGACCUUGAACCUCACCUGUAUUGAACUGUAGCGCCUCCAGUCAGUGCACUAGAUGAAAACUUUAGACUGCCCAGAUUCUGUUGCUCUGUUUCUUUUUCCCCCUUCUGUAGCAGUCAGUGUCCAGCAUGAAUGCACGCACACGCCAGGGAUGGCAUUAAGCCAUGGCUGCCACGAUUUACAGAUGUUCUCUCCCAGGCUGGAGCUGCUCUUGCUCUCAAAAUGUCAUUACUAAGGUUUAUAGUACUUAAUUUAAUUUUUUUUGUACUGACCAAUGCAAGGCUCUAUAAAAAAAAAAAAAGAAAAAGAAAAAAAAAAAAGAAAGAAAUGCAAAAGAGUAAUCGUUGCUGUUCGUCCCCCCCCCCCCCCCCCUUGUCAUCUGUGGUUUCAUUUGAAUGUGGCAGAACAAAGGCCCCUUGGUCCUCUUUGGUGUCUGAAACGUUUGGUAAUUUCUCUUUUGUAUCAGUGAGGUCUUUGUGCUCUGCUCCUGACUUCUCUUGGAGCAGGAUGCGCUAAGAUACCAUGAUGGUGCUUGCUUGCUUCCGAGUCCUUUGUUGACUGUGGGAAUUGGCCUGAGAAUUUGGUGGGUGCUAAGCGCAUGGCUUUGAAUCUGUUCUUCUCUAGCCCCGAUGAACACCUGGGGAGGAUAACCAGUCCUCAGCUCGGGGCGGGCAGCCCUUGGACAUUUUAGAAAUAGGUCGGUGACAUGGCCUCCAUUCUUUCUCAACAGCAGAGGUGGUCACUUGACGCCUCUGGAGGGAGCAAGUUUUUCAAGAAAUAACCUCAACGUGAACUUGGCUCCCAAGAGGACUGGGUAUCUAGAAUAGUGUCACGGAUAUUUGAAACACGAAAUCCCUUUCACAAUUUAAGACAUUACCUCCUAACAUUCCAAGGGGAUCCCAAAUUUGACAGGGCAAGCCUGGCACAGUGUGGCACAGGCUGUCCUCUUGAGCGUUCUAUCCAGGGUCCAGAGUUGGCUAUGUAGAAGACACGGUUCUAAGCCACUGGCAACUUUCUUUACUUCAAGUUACGCCUCCUCCUCCUCCACGUGACCUUCAGGGGCGUGGAGACCCAACAUUGUAAUGCUGCUCCUUGCUCCUGGCCUCCUCCACUCUCAGCUUACUGGCCCGGCGUCAGGCCUGUGCAGAUGAGUACUUUGUCCAGAAAAAAAGAGAUGUUUGGAUUCCGUGAUAAAGCUGCAUUUUUGUAAAACAAUAUUGGAGACCCCCAAAUGACCUUCAUGCUGGCCAUUUCCCUGUCCGUUCCGGUUUCCUUCCCAAAGCCCUUCGGCCACUCCCCUCUCUCCCUGCUGUCACCUCCCCACGCACACCUCUACCCUUUUCCACCUUCGAUUGCCUGCUGAUAACAGGGUAAAAAGAGAGCCAACCUCAUGUCUGAUGAGCAGAAUGGAUUCCUAGGAUGUUUUAUUUUAUUUUUUAUUUUUAAAUCUUCUUUGGAAUUUGAGAAGAGUUUGUUUAGGGACUUGAAUUUGGGAUAUGCUUCCAAAUGAUCUGUGUCUAUUUGCAUCCAAGGGAAACAAAUGGGGAGGGGGUUUUGGCUAACUCAAGCAUUCAGAACUGUCCUGCCUGCAGCUUCCACUUCUGCGUCCCAAAGAAACGGUUUGCUAGUGCAAAUCUCGGCGUGAUUAUUUUUCAUGGUUCUGAGUGAUUUUCUCUGUGGAAGUCACUUUGUAAAGUAAAAGUGGAGACUACUUAUAUUUCCUCUUCUGCGUGUGUUACUUCAGAAGGAAAGAGGAGAAUAUGAACAACCCAUUUGACUCCAGAAAUCAGUCUGAUUUUUCUCCCUUUGAAAACAAAAGACCUCACAUCUGGCUGAAAUCUUGCACCUAGAAUAUUUUCCAAGUGAAAAUUCAGUAAGUAGGACUUUGCUGAAAUAAAUUAAUGAAAACUUUCCCUCAACUUUUUUUUUUAAAUAGAAGUGGCAGAAGUUGGGGCAGGAGAAUACCUGGUUCUGAGUGUCUGGGUUGCAUUUCGGGAAACACGGUGAUGCUUCCUUUGGAACCGGAGGGCCCCGCCUAAGUAUCCAUUGCUGCCCUUCCUGAUGGCCUGUUUUUCUCUUUGAGGAUCUUUGGAAGCACUUGAGAUGGACAACAGAAAUAUGUCAGAGGAAGCAAAAUCUGCUCCUAUGAAAUGUGGUAUCUCACGACGAAUGCCUGAGCUUCAGGGCUUCUUGUUUUUAACACGUAAAUCUCCUCUCUUGGUUCCUCUAACAGAUCCCAGAAAGGGAAUGGCUAAGCUGCAACUAACUUUCUUACGAGCAUCUUUCCAAUAUAGUACUGUAUUCUUCAGGUGUUCUGCAUUUUCGUGUAAGUCCUUGGGAAACAGGUAUCCACAGCGGGAGUGAGAUCAAAGCUGUCAGUUAGCAAAUAUCCCAAACAAGAGACUCUUCCAAACAGGGCUCCCUCUCUGGUCAUGAGGGAAGGUUGAUGUAUCCUUGGUUGGGACCAUUUAUACGAUUUUGGUUUCAACUGUGAGCUUUGGAAUCGUAAUUGCUUUGAGCCCAGCUUCUGUCUACUGCCAUAUGAAGGACCCCACGUCAGAAUAAUGAGGGUGGUGCGUGUGCACACACCGGCAUGGGUGUGCACAUGUACCUACUGUACCUUCGCAGAAGGAAACAGGCUACUGAGGUAUAAGAGGGGUAGCCACCAGUGCCUAAUCUCUUUUGGGGGGGAUGAAUGCUUAGAACGCCAGUAUAUACAAAGCAUACCACUGGGAGUUAGUUCCACAUUCAGGGGAGGGGCAGUGGGUGGGGAUAGGGGACAUUUCAAUCCUAGUCUUUGGGACCAGAGGUAGAAUAAUUUCUGUAAACCAAGGUCCUAAAGAUUUGGGGGCUCAUGGCCAUUUUUUUUCUCUUUUGCUUCCCAGCAUGCAUCUCCUGACCCAAGCUCAGACAAUUUGAUUUCUUCCAUUUUCACUUCUGCUUCAUUCCAGGGAGGAAAAAAAUACACCUGUUAGGGCCAAGUUCCCCUUGCUAACACAGAGGCAAACUAAAUGUCUAAUGUUUUCAGAGCCUCCCCUCCUUCCCUCCGACCACCACACCAUCCCCCAAUUCUGGCCUCCACCCAUCUCCCCUCUUCCUGCUCUCAACACGAGACUUCCCAGCCACACCCCAACCCUCUCCCUUUCCUGCUCUUAACACAUGACUUCCCAGCCGCCAUAACUUUUUUUUCUACCCUCCAUCAUCCUCUUCACAGUUGCUUGAAGACAUUUAAUUUUGCACUAUACAUUUUCAUUUUGCCGGACGUGUCUAACAAGUGUGUUUGGAAAGACCUGCUCCCAGCCCCUCCCCUCCCCCCACCUCCCUGUCACAUUCUCUCAGGCCUUCUCUGGUAUUUAUAAUAUAUCACAGAAGUACCCAGUCUUAUAGCCCUCGGUUAUGCCUUUUUUUGACAUUUUAUUUUUUUUAAGCUUUUUAUAUAUAUAUAUAUAAAUAUAUUACUUUGUCAAGUUUUUUUGCUGUACAAAAGUCUUAAGAUUUAAAACUAUUAUUUGUAUUAUAUGAUGGUGGUAUGUUAAUGUUACAAAAUUAUUAAUGAAGAAAAAAUUUAUUUUUGUUACUGGUCUGUUUCAUAAUUCUUUUUUAAAUUGGUAUAUUGUAAGAUAUCUAUGCAAAAAUGUUAUGUGACGCAUUUUUAUUUAAGAACGUAAUAUGUGUAAUAAACAAGUAGAAUGUG